AUGGUUAACUUGAACUUAUUGACGGUGUUUAUCUCAGCAAUAACAAUAAUACUAUCGAGCAAUUCAAAAUGUGAUGCAAAAUGUGCAUUUGAAGCCAUCUUCAACUUCGGAGAUUCAAACUCGGACACCGGAGGUUUUUUCGCUGCUUUUCCUCCACAGCCAUCUCCAUAUGGCAUGACCUACUUCAACAAACCAGUUGGUCGCCCUUCUGAUGGAAGACUCUACUUGGAUUUCCUUGCUCAGGCUUUGGGAUUGCCAUUUGUGAGCCCAUAUCUUCAAUCAAUUGGGUCUGACUACAAACACGGUGCUAACUUUGCAACAUCAGCUUCAACAGUUCUCAUGCCACCAGAAUCCCUCUUUGUUAGUGGGACGAGUCCCUUUUAUCUUACCGUUCAGCUUAAUCAAAUGAAACAAUUCAAGGCCAAAGUUGAAGAAUUCCACUCUUCUGGAAGGCACACAAAUAAUCUUCCACAGCCUGACAUAUUUGGAAAAUCUCUGUACACAAUCUACAUUGGGCAGAAUGAUUUCACAUCCAACUUAACAUCUCUUGGUCUACAAGGAGUAAAGCAGUAUCUCCCACAAGUGGUUUCCCAGAUUGGUAACACCAUUAAGCAACUUUAUGAACUGGGAGGACGCACAUUUAUGGUGCUUAAUCUUGCACCAAUAGGGUGUUACCCAACAUUUCUGGUAGAGCUUCCCCAUGGAAACACAACUUCUGAUAUUGAUGCUUAUGGAUGCUUGAUUCCUUACAACAAUGCAGUGGAUGAGUACAAUAAAAUGCUUAGGGAAACAUUGAGGCAACUCAGAAAGGAACUUGUGAAUGCAAAUGUGGUUUAUUUUGACAGCAAUUCAGUACUAUUGGACAUCUUCCAGCACCCAAAAUCCCAUGGGAUGAAAUAUGGGACAAAAGCUUGUUGUGGACAUGGUGGAGGUGCCUACAAUUUCAACCCAAAAGUUUGGUGUGGUUACAGCAAUUUCAUAAAUGGAGAGAAAAUCACCGCCAAAGCUUGUAAUGAUCCACAAAACUAUGUAAGCUGGGAUGGGAUGCACCUCACUGAAGCUGCAAAUAAACUGCUCACAAAUGCAGUCCUCAACAUGAACAAUAAUAAUGGAUCAUCAUACCUUGAUCCACCCAGCUUUUCAUUUCAUCAAUUCUGUGAUAUUCGUCCCAUUACAGAUUGCUAG